CUAACAUGACGAAGGCGUUAUUAUCACAAAUAUAAAUAUAUGUAACAUUAUAGUAAACGUUCCAUAUAAAAGGGGGAAUAUGAUCAGGAUUGGCACAGUCUGAACUGCACUGUGUCGCAGUUAGACACAGUUUCUAACAGAAUAUUAGUAAAAAAAAUCACUAAAUUUAAUAAUGGCGUUGUUUUUUAAAAGUUCGUAUUGUAUGUUAAUGUUUUUAGUAGCGGUUACCAAAUGUUAUUCUGAUGAAAAUUGUGAAACUUUGCCAACAGAAAUUCACGUAACCAAAGAGGAGUAUGACGAUAUGGGAAGUUUAGUAAGAGCGUGCAGCGGAGAGGUCAUGGUUAACAAAUGUGAAGGAAUAUGCAACAGCCAGGUCCAACCAUCGGUCGUUACACCUACAGGCUUUUUGAAGGAAUGUUUUUGCUGCAAAGAAAACUAUUUGAGAGAACGUCUGGUCACGUUAGUCCACUGCUACGACUCCGACGGCAUGAGACUUGAAGACGACGAGCGAGCCAUAAUGGAGAUUCGACUGAGAGAACCCGCCGAAUGCCGUUGCUCUAAAUGCGGAGAUUAUAGCCGAUAAGAAACCGAAAUGAUAGUUUAUAACCAAACGACAUACGUUAUUAUAAUACAUCGAGUUGUUGAAUGUUGGAAUCUUGUAAAUAUUAUUACUGAACGCUAAAUCAUGGUCAAGGCUUUUAUAGUUAUUGUUUUUAUAAAUAUACGGGGAAAUGUCUGUUGAAAUAAAUUGUGAA